AUGGACGCCGAUAUGCCGGAAGUGGAUUUGGAGCUAGUUUGGGCGAAACUUUGUCCUGGACUCGACAUCAUCUUUCGACGUGAGAACAUGUCCGCCAAGUACUACAUGGGACUGUACUCAACCGUCUACAACUACUGUACCAACCUCACCGCCGCCCACGUGCCAGCCACCGCGGACGCCCAACUAAACAACAACUUCAUCGGGAGUGACCUUUACUCGCAUGUGGAGAACUACGUGACCGCCUACACGACGGCACUCUGCAAACGUUGUGAAAACUUGGACGGCGAGGCGCUUCUCGACUUUUACACCAAAGAAUGGGACAGCUAUCGAUUCUCGGCGAAAGUCUUGGACGGCGUAUUCUCGUACUUGAAUCGUCACUGGAUUCGUCGUGAGAUUGAUGAGGGUCGCAAGGAGAGAUAUAUGGUUUAUAUGCUGAGUAUGGUGCUCUGGAAGCGUGAUAUGUUCGAUACACUCGAGCACAAGAUUAUUCCGGCGAUGUUGGAGCUGAUUCGGUUGGAGCGUACCGGUCACACAAUCAAUAAGCGGUUCAUCUCGGCGGUCGUGGAGAAUCUGGUGGAGCUUGGCAUGGAUGAUACGGUAUCCGCGAAGGAGGAGGAUGCGAAGAGACUCGAUAUCUACAAGAACUCGUUUGAGAAGAAGUUCAUCGAGGCGACACGCGACUUCUAUACCAAUGAGGUCAGCGUGUUCCACAUGGAGAAUGGGUCUUGCACGGAUUACCUGAUCAAGGUGGAGACGAGAAUCCAACAGGAGGAUAAUCGAGUGACACUCUGCCUCCACUCGUCGACGGGGACACCACUAUCCGGGUGUUGCAACGAUGUGAUGAUCACGAAGCAGCUGGAAUUUAUUCAAGCGCAUUUCGGAAGACUUCUUAUGGAUAAGAUGGACGAUCACCUCGCGAGAAUGUACAGAAUGUGUCUUCGUGUCGAGAAUGGGUUGCCAGCUCUCCGUAAAGCGCUCAAAGAGCACGUCCAAAAAGAGGGAUUGGAGGCGUUGGAACGUGUGGCUACUGAGGCGUUCAACGACCCGAAGCUCUAUAUGAGCACCCUGUUGGAAGUGCACGAGAGAUAUCAAGGACUGGUCGAUCGCUCGUUUAGCAAAGAGCCCGGAUUCAUGAAGUCGUUGGAUAGUGCGGCGAUCGAGUUUGUUAAUAAGAACGCGGUGACGUUGCGCGCGCCACCACAGUUGCAACCGUUGAAGUCGUCGGAGCUGUUGUCCAGAUAUUGUGAUCAGUUGUUCAGGAAGAGUGCGAAGAUGCCGGAUGAGAAUGAGAUGGAUGAUAUUCAGAAGAAAGUGGUAACCAUCUUCAAAUAUCUCGAGGACAAGGACGUCUUCCUCAAAUUCUACACAAAAAUGUUCUGCAAACGACUGAUCGGCGAGCUUUCCGCCUCUGACGAAGCCGAGUCGACGUUCAUCCAAAAGCUCACCGACACAUGCGGAUACGAGUUCACGACACGUCUCACAAAAAUGUUCCAAGACAUUCAAGUCUCGAGGGAUUUGACGUCGGCAUUCAAGGAGAAGUCGGCUGACGACAAGAAGUGUGCCGAGUUCCAAGCGAUGGUGCUGAGCUCGGGCUCAUGGCCGAACUUCCCGACGUCGGGAUUGAAGCUUCCACAACAGUUGGUGGUGACGAUUGAGAACUUUGCCGCACACUACCAGACCAAGUACACCGGACGCCGUCUCAAUUGGCUCUACUCGCAGUGCCGUGGCGAGGUGACGACGACUGCUUUCAAGGGAAAGAAGUACGUGUUCGGAGUGACAACACCACAAAUGUGUACGCUUUUGUUGUUCAACGAGCAGACGACGUUCACAGCUGAAAACAUUAUGGAGGCGACUGGUAUGGAUGGAAAGUCGACGAAGGCCGUCGUCGGAUCGCUCGUCAAGAAUCAGGUGCUCAAGUCGGAUAAGGCGUUGGAAGGAGACGAGGUGCCACUCAAUGCGACGAUCACUCUGAAUGAUGGCUAUACGAAUAAGAAGGUGCGCGUCGACUUGUCGAAAAUGACGAUGAAGGCGGAGCCGGUGAAGGAAACGGAUAAUGUGCAGAAGGGUCUGGAUGAGGAUAGAAAGAAUAUGAUUGCGGCCUCCAUCGUGCGCAUCAUGAAAGCCCGCAAGUCGCUGACUCACACGAAUCUGGUGACCGAAGUGAUCUCUCAAUUGUCGGGACGUUUCAAGCCAAAGAUUGAAAUGAUCAAGCGGACCGUUGGAUCGCUCAUCGAGAAGGACUACUUGAAGCGUUCCGAGCAACAACGCGACUUGUACGAGUACGUCGCCUAA